AUGACGUAUGACGGUAUCUUGCUUGGCCGAGCUGCCCGUUUUGGUGACGAAUCGACGCAUCCGGUUGAGACAGACGUUAAGAAGGAAACGUGGGCUUACACACGCCUCCAAUCACCUUGGCCCUCGCAUCUGCACUCCAGUACCAGUACCAGGAAAGGUCUUUGUUUCGAUGUGUCCACUUGCAAUCCAAAACGGUUCCUAUUUUUCGGGAAAGCGCUGCGAGGGACGUCUGGAGGCAAUCCAAAGCUUGGAGGUGUGUGUAUGCGCAUGCAUUAUAGAACAUUUUGA